AAAUGGUAUCGCUCUACACCACGUGACGCGAUUCCUGGAAAGUUCUUGGAAAUCGGUAUUUUGUGUGUAGCUGUGGGUUUAAUGGGGAUUUGGUCAUUAAAAACACAUACCGAAGGAAAGGGAUUCAACGCCGCGGAAAAGACUGUCAUUGGGAUCUGUACCAAAAACAAGACAAGCGUGGUUUGGUGACUUUCUGCAUGGUAUUUUAAAUCUUAAAGUUACCAGCAGUGAGCGAGUCGUGCCGACUUGCCUCGGUCGCGAGACGUUGUCAUUGCCUGUUUUGCACCACGGGUUGGACAAAUAUUCGGAGUUAGUUUGCUAUCUCGCCAAAAUGACAACUGAUUGAUUAGCCCGCCAGAAAGGAGAAGUGUAUUUGAAUGAUCAUCGGUAGAGUCGUUUGGUGCUGGAUCCACUCGCAAAUAGGGUUCUCACACGGCUUUAUUUCCGUGUUACAGGGGUACCAGUACCGAGUUGAUGUGCAGGCUGUACGAGGACGGUACAUACAAUUCAAGAAGAAACUGGUUUUGCGACUGUGGUGAAUAUCUUCUGGGGAAUAUUUUUUGCAUUUGUCGGAUGACUUUUGUCCUACGGCUGGGCAAUUUCGGGUGGUUCCCCAAUGACCUGCCACUCACCCGAAUCCACGGAGACCAUCGAAAACGAGAGAACGGAUACCGAGUCACGAGUUGUAGACUCCGACGAGACUCGCAUCGCUCAGACCAUGAAAGACCUUAAAAAUACAGGCUGGUACUGGGGCAGCCUCACUGCCAACGAAGCCAAAGAGAUUCUCCAGGAUGCAUCGGAGGGCACCUUCCUGCUGCGAGAUAGCACCCAGAGGGACUACCUGUUCACCAUCUCUGCCAUGACCUCCGCCGGCCCCACCAACUUGCGCAUCGAGUAUAAGGAGGGCAAGUUUAAACUGGAUUCGGUGGUGCUGAUCAAGCCCAAGCUGAAGCAGUUUGACAGUGUGGUGCACCUGGUGGAACACUAUGUGCAGAUGUCCAGGACUACCAGUAAAAGGCCGUCGUCAGGGGCGUCGCAGUCCCUGGCCCCACCCAACGGGACAGUUCAGCUGCUCCUGACCAAGCCUGUGUACACUGCCACGCCCUCUCUACAGCACCUGUCCCGGAUCGCCAUCAACAACGCCACCAGGGAGGUGCAGGAGCUGCCUUUACCCAACAGGCUAAAGAACUACCUGACGGACUACAGCUACAAUGUAUAGUACUACAAAUCCCAGAUGUGUUGUGGGAUAGAGAGCACUGCACCUGCCAUGUAGUGGCUGUCAGACUAUCACCCAGUCUGAAGUCAACCUUUAGCCACAACCACUAGACAUGGCUUAACGGCCCCCGUAACUCUGGAAGGAUUGAUGUUGAGCAAUAUGGUUAUAGCGCCAAGUCAGUCAACUAGUCCUCAGGAAGCUAGGUAGAGUUUCUCCCAUAUUACUACACCCUUCCAGUUCAUUUAGAGCUACAGCUGUUAAUCAAAAAGGGCUUAGAAGUUGGUGCUAAGGGUUGAUUUCAGACACGGGUCAUGUUCAUAAUCUCUGAAACCAGUGCACAUUUUUUUAAGUGGAGGUAUACCCUGCCUGCAGACCAGCUCAGGUAACAGGGUUUCAGACCCUUCUGAACGAGACCCAGGAGGAGUGGCAGUUGGCACACUUAUUUUUUUUCUUCUUGUUUCAAAGCUUUGUUACUUUACAUAAUCUGCCUCAUGUCUGAGACAUGAGCAUCUGACAGUGUCCACUUUCAUUCUGAAUUAUGUUUUAGUUUGUUCAUAUAUAUAUAUUUUUUGUACUGUUAUCAUAAGAAGGUGCGGUGCUGGGGUGUCGUGAACUACAUGUAGGGGAACUAGUCAUUUAACUACAUUUUUCAGUAGCUUGGAGGUAGUUUCAAAUCUUGGUAGUGUUUUCAGUAGUUAGCUACACAGCAAAGUAAUUAACUACUGGAACUACACACAACCCGUUAUUUUUUGGGGUGUAAAAUUGGCCAGAACUUUUUCAGCAUCAGACCUACUUAAUUGUCACUUGAAGGUGUUUUUAAUAGGGCUGAAUAUUUAACUCCAGGGUGAAUUUUUCAAUAUUUUUAUUUUUAUUUUUUUUCACAAUUUCACGUAGUAGUUUGGAUGUGAACACAUUUUUCAAUAUCACUUUAGUUAAGUAAGCUGUAAGUGUAGCUUCUUCCAGUGCGAAGUAAUUGGUAACUUGGUAAACUAUUUUCAGACUAGCUUCCCCCAACACUGAGAAUUAUAUAUAUUUUUUUUGUUCACUCAGUUCAGAUUUUGGUUUUGAUAAAGCACAAGCAAUUUACAGGCUUCAAAUCUGACGUUGGUUUCUCUCACUUUCGCUCUGCCUCCUCCUGCUAAGAGGUUAAAAAUAAUUGAUUUCAGGAAGUUCUCAAUCCUGGAUGUUGCUCCCACUACGCAUCAGUGUUCUGUGAAACAUCUACUUCAUCACUGCAUUUUCUUUCAAUAGAAAAUGCCCUUGAGCAAGUCAAUGCUCACACCUCAGAACUAGACCUUGGUUAGAUACAGGCUGUAUCUGAUGUCUAGCUAUUACGGCUGUGUUAAAAGGAAUUACCUUUCCAAGCACAUAUUGGAUGUUCGCCCAGGGGUUUUCAUUGGAUCAACGUGACUCUUAUUUUAAUCAACAUUUUUGGAAGUAUUUAUUGAUUGUUCUACUGUUUCCUAUAAAAAUAAAAGUUACAAAUAAAUCCUGAAAGCAUGUUUUAUCAGCCUCUUCUGCGAUUUGGGAGGCAAUAAUGAAUGUGAUGCAGGGGUGUCAUGGCGCUCCUGUGUCUUGUUUGAGUCAUUUUCAAUUUACAAAAGGUUCAGUGUGAACAAUUCUCGCAGAAUAUUCCAGAAGUCACACUUGAUACAUGAUCAUGACAUUUACUGUUUUCAUAUGGUGCUUAAAUACAACUGUCUAAUGUUUUCUCUGUGAGGAAACCAGAAAAUAAAACUUAGGAACAAGUC